CCACUUGCCAACGUCUUCCUUUCAGCCAAUCAGAUUGGACUACUGACCGAACGUCACGAAGCGUAAUUAAUAUUCAUAAGCCACGCCUUCACCAUAGUGUGGUUAUAUUAUUCUCCUCUUGCUGGUAUUCUCUCGGUUAAGAUGGCCACUAGUCCCAAAAGACCCUCACUGGGGGCAGUAGCCCCUCGUAAAAAAGCCAAUCCAAAGCCUGAACUGACAGAGGAGCAAAGGCAGGAGAUCCGAGAGGCGUUUGAACUCUUUGACACUGAUGGUUCUGGUUAUAUUGAGGUGAAGGAGUUAAAGGUGGCCAUGAGAGCGCUGGGGUUUGAGCCUAAAAAGGAGGAAAUCAAGAAAAUGAUUGCAGAGGUUGAUAAGGAUGCAACUGGAAAGAUCUCGUUCAAUGAUUUUCUGGCAGUGAUGAACCAAAAAAUGGCUGAAAAGGACUCUAAAGAAGAAAUUCUUAAGGCUUUCCGGCUGUUUGACGAUGACGAGACUGGAAAAAUAUCUUUCCGGAAUCUAAAGAGAGUGGCCAAAGAACUGGGGGAAAACCUCACAGACGAGGAGCUGCAGGAAAUGAUUGAUGAAGCAGACAGAGAUGGUGAUGGAGAAGUUAACCAGCAGGAAUUUCUUCGCAUCAUGAAGAAAACAAGUUUGUACUGAAUGUUAUCAGAAGCACAGGAGUAUAACAAAUAUUAAUUUCUAUGUAAACAUAUUAGAGUGUUUUAUCCUUUCGCUGUUUUACGCACCGUACCAUUCCAAAACCUUGAUGCCUGUCAACCCCAGUGGUCAUAUCAGAUCCGCGCGGGUUUGCCAAAUAGCCAAACGUCAGCUGUUUACACACUAUAGUCUCAAAUCUUACCGGUAAAGAUACAGGUAAACAUAACAGAGGUUGUAGUGAUUGAUUGAGUGAGUCAUACAAUGAUCCACUCAAAGAUUUUGUCAAUCUGUCAUUCAUUAUAUGAGCAAAUUUUAUGUUUAAAAAAAUACAUUUGCAUUAAAAAUAAAGUUUAUUUUUAAGUUUUUAAAAAAAUUAUUUUUAAUUUUAAAAAUGAUAAUCACAAAAAAUAAAUGAAAAGUAAGAUACAUGGAUGCUUUACUUGAAAUGCGAAUUUGGAGGGAAAAUGUGCUUAAUUUUCCUGACAAUACAGACAAAAUGUGCUUAAUUUUCCUGAAAUAGCUGCGUUUACAUUCACCCUAAUAAUCGGCCUAGUAACAGUAUAUAAAGUCACAUGUAACCACUUCAAUCCGAAUGAAUUGACCCAAUCCGAUUUGAAUUUCAUUCGGAUUGUAAGGGGUGACACGUGAUUGGAUUGAAAAGGGACACAUGAUUGGAUUGAAAACCGAAACUAGAAUGUUCUGCGCAUGUGCAGUGACAUAGAAAUGACGUACAGACGUAUGACGCACAGAACAAGCUGUUGUUGUGUCAGUCUAAAAAUAAAAUUUUCCUUCCAAUCAUUGUCUGUAAAAUGGUGCAGGACAAUGUUGUCCCACCAGUCCUUGGAUCCACAGACACCUUGUUUUGGGCAUGAAAAAGAGCUUUUUUACUGCUUGAUAAACAUCAGCAGCAAGGCACAAGGCCUCAAGCGCUUAUCUCUUCUAAUUGGUACCUGAAAUAGAAAAAUAUUAAAGGGAUAGUUCACCCAAAAAAUGAAAAUUCUGUCAUCAAUUACUCACCCUCAAGUAGUUCCAAACCUUUAUGAAUUUCUUUGUUCUGCUGAACACAAAGGAAGUCCCCACCCCUCUUUUGCAUUUCAAAAGAUCAAUUUCAAAUAUGAAGCUUGUUACAUAAAUCAACCCGAUCACUUAUUUAGAGUUUGUGUAAACAGUAUGUUCAGAUUCAUCAAAUGAAAAUUAAAGGCAUCUAUAGCUACUGUCACAAUAUGAAGAAUUAAAAUGUUAAAUGUAUUUUUUCAUAUGCACUUAUAUAUACAUUUAAGUUUCUGCCUUGUGUUUUUUUAAAAAGUAUUUAUAAAUAGUAUAUCAAUUAAACAAUUCAGAGACCUGUUGAAUGAUUAUUAUAUUCAAGUUUACAAUCCCUUCAGUUGACUUUCACUGCGCUUUCAGGGAUGUCUGUACUACAGCCCUUCUCUGUGCCUCAGCUUCAAUAGAGGAGAUGUCUGCAGUUUUAGUAAAUACAUACUGUGAUCCUGUGGUUGUAUUUUUCCUAUUUGUGUUUCUUUUUUGCACCAUCUACCUUUAAAAUUAGUAUCAUGGUUUUUUUUUAUUCAUUUGAGAUGCUAUUUAAGUAUUAUUUAAAAUAAAAUAAAUUGUAUUAAGCA